AACGGACGCCGCGUAUCCGAAGUCAAUACUAUUAUGGUGUAGGAGUCUGGGAAAUACUAUUCGAAUCACCUUCGCGGACAAAUUCCUUUAUUCGUGCAAGACUGCUGUUUGAGAUGCUAAAACCCGGUGACCCUAGCGGAUCUGCUUUCCUGAAAGUGGACCCGACGUACAUGCAACACUGGCAGCAGCUUUUCCCUCAAAGCCAGCUGAAGAAUGGAGGCAUUACGCAGCUGCAGCCGCCGGACAGGGUAGCUAUUCCGGUGGAAAGUCUCCGUCAGCGGCCGAACCUGAUCUCCUCCACAUCAUCAUCUUCGGCUUUAACACCUUCCUCCACAUCUUCCUCGACCCCAUCCGUUUCCUCAUUGGCAGGUUUAUCGCAACUAUCUGUGCCACAGAUUGCACUUUUUGGACAAACUCUGUGUUCCGACAUUGUGUCGACAGACAACACCACCAACCUCGAAGCGAAAGAACUUUGUAUAUCUUCCAGUUUUAAGAAUGACAAAGGAUCCAGAUUUAAAUUAACCUCCGAUGAGUUAGAUUACUACCUCUACGGACAGCAGAGAAUGGAAAUUAUCCCACUGAACAAUCACACCGGCGACCAGAACAAUCGCUGUGACAUGUGUGCAGAUAACCGUAACGGCGAGUGCCCCAUGCACGGGCCCCUGCACUCACUGCGGAGGCUGGUGGGGACCAGCAGUUCAGCACCGGCCGCGCCUCCCCCAGAUGUCCCUGACUGGCUGCGGGACCUGCCCCGGGAGGUGUGCCUCUGCACCAGCACCGUCCCUGGCCUCGGUUAUGGCAUCUGUGCCGCCCAGCGUAUCCCACAGGGCACCUGGAUCGGCCCGUUUGCGGGAGUCCCCCUCCUCGUGGAUAAGGUGCAGUCUGGAGGGGUGCGGAACACAAGGCACUUAUGGGAGAUCUAUGACCAGGAAGGAACUUUACAGCACUUUAUUGACGGCAACGAGCCGAGCAAGUCGAGCUGGAUGAGAUACAUCCGCUGUGCCCGACACUGUGGGGAACAGAACAUGAUGGUUGUCCAAUACAGAUCAUGCAUAUUCUAUCGAGCGUGUAUGGACAUUCCAAGAGGAACGGAACUACUUGUCUGGUACAAUGACAGCUACACCUCCUUUUUUGGGAUCCCUCUACAAUGUAUUUCGCAGGAUGAAAACUUGAAUGUUCCAACAACUGUCAUGGAGGCCAUGAGCAGACAAGAGACCCUUCAGCCAUUCAGUAAAACGGGUAAAGUCUCCUCGGUGGCCCUUCUGCGUUCCAUGGUCUUUCCCCACUCGCCCUGCUCCAGAAGCUUCUCACUGAUGGACAAAGGUGGCCACACAGACUCUGGCUUCAACCAGAUGAGCUCUAAGAACCAACGAGUUCUGGCCAGCCCCACGUCUACCAGCCAGCUGAGCACUGAGUUCAGUGACUGGCACCUCUGGAAGUGCGGCCAAUGCUUUAAGACUUUCACCCAACGCAUCCUGCUCCAGAUGCAUGUGUGCACACAGAACCCGGACAGGGUGAAAAGGCAAGGGAUCGCCCUACUGAGAGUUUCAAAUGGGAAAGAAGUGGUGGUGUGUAGCAAAGAAAGGCCCCUACCUCAACCUUACCAGUGUGGACACUGUUCACAGUCCUUCUCCCAGCCGUCAGAGCUGCGAAACCACGUCGUCACUCACUCCAGCGACCGGCCCUUCAAGUGCGGCUACUGUGGCCGAGCGUUUGCAGGGGCCACCACUCUCAACAACCACAUCCGGACACACACCGGGGAGAAGCCAUUCAAGUGCGAGAGGUGCGACAGGAGCUUCACGCAGGCCACCCAGCUCAGCAGACACCAGCGGAUGCCCAACGAGUGCAAGCCCAUCAGCGGCGAGAGCGGCGAAUCAAUUGAGGUGGAUUAGCUGAUUGACUGGCCGGAAUUAAACUGCAAGGAAAAUCAUGAUUAAAUGUCACGGACACUUAAGCAAAACCAAAGAUUUCCUCUGAGAAACUCUCAAUCAGCCCCAGAAAACCAAAAGCAGUAAUAAAAUAAGUAAGAUGUUAAGAGAUAUUGAUCUUGGCACAG